AUGUGCCUGAGACCCGCGAUAUCUGCUACUGUCGGACCAAGCGGCGGCGCCGUCACGGCGGCGAUUGACGCGGCACCGGGGCCGGCUGAGUGGGGUACGUGGGGCGGACUCCAAGGAGUAGCUGGGCAAUCUCCGGGAGGUGUCAGAGAGUUUCCGGCGGCGAUGGCGGGGGCUGGUGCGACCGUCACGGACCUCCUGCUCAGCCGACAGCAGCAGCACCGGCAGCAGCAGCAGCAACAGCAGCAGCAGCACCAGCAGGAGGAGGCAUGGGCGGACUACCGGCAACAGUGGGAGCGGCAGCGCGAAUCCCAGGGUCCAACGACUUUCAUAUGGACCGGCGACGGGUACGCCAUAGGGACUGGCAAUCGAGCGCAGCAGCCUUCCGCCGACCUUCCGCCGCAGCCACAGGCGCAGGCGCUGGCGGCUCCCCCGCAGCAGCAAGGGGAGCCUACUUGGCCGCAGAUGCCCGCUGCCGGCGGGCCAGGCGGAGGAGGCGCGGCGGCGGCGCCCAGUUCCGCGAGAGAUGGUGAAGCGCGCAGAGGCGCGCCGUCGCACCUGCUGGCUCUGCUCUCCAACGCCGUGCAGAGGCAGCAGAAGCAGCAGAAUCCGCAGCAGCAUCCGCAACAGCGCCAGCCGCAGCCGCAGCAGGCAGCUAACCACAGGGAAAUGAUGACACCCGUCGUGCCGCAGCAGCAGCCACCACCAGCGCCACAAGACGCAUUGCAAGGCACGACGCCAUGGGUCGCUUCCGCCUCGCACCUCCAUCCCACCACGGCAGCACCAGCAGUAGCAUCGGAGCCGCUCCUGCCUUCCUGGCAGCCUCUACCGUCCCAGCAGCCCCUGCAGCCGCUGCAGCCUCUGCAACACAUGGGGCUGACUCUCCCCACUGGCACUCCUUUCGCCGCUCCACCGCUCGUGUCCCCGACUUCUGUGGUUACUACAACGGGGGUUCCUGGUCACGCUGGCCUAUCCAUGGGGGCUGUGUACCCUGGAAUGGGCGGGCAUGGAGCUGUGGAUGAGAAGAAAGUCAAAAGAAUGAUGUCCAACCGAGCAUCGGCCAAGAGGUCGCGCAAGCGGCGGCAGGAGCGGCUGGAGGAGCUGGAGGUGCUGUCGGCGUCGCUGCACGUGGACAACGCGAGUGCGCAGCGGCGGCUGAACGAGGCGCAGGACACCAUCCGACGCCUGCAGCGUAGCCAGCAGGCACUCCAGCGCAGCGUUGCGGAGGCAAACGCACAACUGGCCGCUGCCACUGCUGUUGCUGCUACUGCUGAAGAUGAUGAUGAUGACGCUGAGGAGGAUGGUGAUGGGGAUGCUCCUUCUUCUGUUGCUACACCUUCUGCUGCUGCUGUUGCAUCUGGUGGUGGUGCUCCCCAGCGUGAGGGCGCUGGUGGGAUGGAGGCACGCGCAGCAGCGAAACUGCCAGCGCAGGUGCAGCUGAAUGUGAUGCUUGCCCCGCUGCACCCGCAGGAAGGGGAGAGGCUGCUGCUGCGCUCGCCCCUGGACCUUGCAGGAAGAUUGCAGGGAGGAAUUGGGGCCUGGGGCGGAGAAAGUGGGACUGGGGGAGUGGAUGCAGAAGAGGAGCAAGAUGAUCGGCUGGAGGAAGAGGAUGAAGUGGAGGAGGAAGGGGAUGAUGAGGAGUGUGGGGAAGGGAGUGAGGAGGGUCAGGAAGAGCUAGAGGAGGGUGCAGUGGGCGGCGUAAGUGCCGAAGCCGAAACAGGUGAGUUAAGUGGACUGGAAGGGGGAACAGGAUGUGAGGUGGCGGCACCAACCGCGACGGUCGACUUCGACUCACUAAUGGCCUCUGCACAAGGCAUCCUGAAUCCAGCUGCUAGUGCGUCUGCUUCCUUCUGGAUGAACGGCUAUGGUCGUAGUGUGGGGAGGGUGGGCUGA